GUAAAGACUCUUUUAGUUCUCCACCUAUUUUCACUCUCAUCUCUUUGUGUUCACAUAGAGAAAAAAAAGUAUCGUAAUGGAGCCUGUUCACCUUCCAAACUACAUGAAAGACGACCACGUUAGCCAAGAAACCAAGAACUUGAUCUCUUCUCUACCUUCAGGGAAAGAUUUCGUGGGUGUUGAUAUCCACAACUACAAAGGUUGUUGGUACUAUCCAAACUUACUCCAAGCCGUUCUUGACGUCCAAAAACAUUUCAAGCCACGAGAUACCGAUAUAAUCAUGGCUUCUUUGCCCAAAGGUGGAACCACUUGGCUCAAAUCCCUGGUUUUCGCUGUUGUACAUAGAGAUGAGUACCGUGAAAACCCCCAAAUCCAUCCUUUGCUCUCACAAAACCCUCAUGAUCUUGUCCCAUUUCUUGAGGUUGAGUUAUACGCUGAUAGCAAAGCUCCAGAUCUCGCAAAGUUUCCUUCCCCUAUGAUAUUUUCUACACACAUACACUUACAAGCAUUGCGUGAGGCCACCAAAAAGGCUUCUCGACCUUGCAAAAUCGUAUAUGUGUGUAGAGGUAUCAAAGAUACCUUUGUUUCUGGUUGGCAUUAUAGAAACAAGUUACAUCGCACCAAGUUGGAUCAGUCCACUUUUGAGCUCAUGUUCGAUGGAUAUUGCAAAGGAUAUGUCGUAUAUGGACCUUACUGGGAACAUGUAUUGAGCUAUUGGAAAGGGAGCCUAGAAGAUAAGGAGAAUGUUCUUUUUAUGAGGUAUGAGGAGAUGCUUGAGGAGCCUCGUGUUCAAGUCAAGAGACUCGCCGAGUUCUUGAAUUGUCCAUUCACCAAGGAAGAAGAACAAAGUGGAUCGGUGGACGAGAUCUUGAAGCUGUGUAGUUUACGGAACUUAAGCAAUUUGGAAGUUAAUCAAAAUGGGACGACAAGAAUUGGUGUAGAUUCUCAGUUAUUCUUUAGGAAAGGUGAAGUUGGUGACUGGAAGAAUCAUCUUACUCCUCAUAUGGCCAAAACCGUUGAUGAGAUUGUUGAAUGUAAACUACGAGGUUCCGGUUUAAUAUUUCAGUAAGGUUAUGUUAUGUAUGUUCUUGGCUUUGGAACUUCAUGCUUCUCUUCUUGUAUGAUUGUUGAUUUGGUUUUGUUUAAAUCAUUUUAUGUACUCUUAACUUAAUUUCAAGAACAAUAAAACGAAAUAUUUUUUUAUUA